UAAACGCAGACGCACUCCAUUAUCUCCACCACGAUAACUUUCUCUCUCUCUUUCCCUUUUUCUUUCUCUCUGACUCUCUCUCACUCUCGGAGCUUUUACGUUAACCAGUGACUGGUUUAUGUAAUGACGGACAACCAGCUACAACCAAUGAGGAAUCUCUGGACCACCGACGAUAACACCUCUAUGAUGGAAGCUUUCUUGACCUCCUCCGAUAUGUCAGCCUUAUGGCUACAGGAAACGUCGGCGACAGCUCCGGCGGGAUUUAACCAGGAGACUCUCCAGCAAAGACUACAAGCACUGAUUGAAGGGACAAACGAAGGUUGGACCUACGCUAUAUUCUGGCAGCCGUCGUACGAUUUCUCAGGCGACCCCGUUCUCGGCUGGGGUGAUGGUUAUUACAUAGGUGAAGAAGACAAAGGAAAGCCCAAACAGAGAUCGACUCCACUGCCCUUUUCGACUCCGGCGGAUCAGGAGUAUCGGAAAAAAGUGUUGCGUGAGCUGAACUCGCUGAUCUCCGGCGGAGGUGGUCCUGUGGAUGAUGCCGUCGAUGAGGAGGUGACGGACACGGAGUGGUUCUUCUUGGUUUCGAUGACGCAGAGCUUUGCAUCUGGUGCUGGGUUGGCGGGUAAAGCGUUCUCGACAGGUAACGUAGUUUGGGUUUCCGGGUCGGAUCAGCUAUCCGGAUCGAGUUGUGAGCGGGCUAAGCAAGGAGGAGUUUUUGGGAUGCAGACCAUCGCGUGUAUCCCUUCGGUCAACGGAGUUGUUGAGCUCGGGUCAACGGAGCAGAUCCGACGGAGUUCUGAUCUUAUGAAUAAGGUCCGACUGCUUUUCAAUUUCGAUGUUGGUACUAACUGGAACCUCCAAGGGGAAAACGACCCGUCUGUAUGGAUUAAUGAUCCGAUUGGAGCAUCCGAACCGGGUAACGGACAGUUUUAUUCCAAGUUUGAAAAUGGUGGUAGUUCAAGCACCAUAACGGGAAACCCGAACCAUGAUUCGACUCUAAGCCCGGUUCACUCCCAAACCCUAAAUCCAAAUUUCAAUAACAAUUUCUCUGGCGAAAUGAAUUUCUCCACGUCGAGUAAACCCAGACCCGGAGAGAUAUUGAGCUUCGGUAAUAAUGGUAAACGGAGCUCCAUGAAUCCCGAUCCGAUCCAAUUCGAGAACAAGAGAAAGAACUCUCUCGGUUUGAUCGACGAUAAAGUUCUAUCAUUCGGAGGCGGAGGAGAAACCGAUCACUCCGACCUAGAAGCUUCCGUAGUGAAAGAAACCCCGGAGAAACGUCCGAAGAAACGGGGGAGAAAACCGGCGAACGGUAGAGAAGAACCGCUGAACCACGUCGAAGCGGAGAGACAGAGACGCGAGAAACUAAACCAGCGUUUUUACGCGUUACGUGCGGUUGUACCAAACGUUUCGAAAAUGGACAAAGCUUCCUUGCUCGGAGACGCCAUCGCUUACAUCAACGAGCUCGAGUUGAAUGUAAACAAGACGGAGUCCGAGAAAAUCAAGAUCAAGAACCAGCUUGAGGAGGUUAAAAUGGAGCUCGCCGGAAGAAAAGCAAGCACGUGUGGAGAUCUUUCAUCUUCUUCUUCCUCCUCUUCAGCUACGGCACCUGUGGGGAUGGAGAUUGAAGUGAAGGUAAUGGGAUGGGAUGCGAUGAUUAGGGUGGAAUCGAGCAAAAGGAAUCAUCCAGCGGCGAGAUUGAUGUCAGCGUUGAUGGAUUUGGAGCUCGAGGUUAGUCAUGCUAGUAUGUCGGUGGUUAACGAUUUGAUGAUUCAGCAAGCGACCGUGAAGAUGGGGUUCAGAAUCUAUACGCAGGACCAGCUCCGGGCGAGUUUAAUUUCAAAGAUCGGUUAAAAAAGGUGUUUUGUGAGUAAUCUUGUAGCUGUAGUUGUGUAAGAAGUGUCCUAAAAUAGAGAGCUUCUUUUGCUUCUCGAGUCUGUAUCGUAAUUGAAUGUGUAACGUGUGUAUAUUAUAUGGUUUCUAGAUGCUUACAUCUCAUCUCAGAGACAGUAAGGGUUUAGAAUCUUCCUCUUUUUAGAUAAAGAAACAUAAAUGAAUGUGAGAUCACCUCUUCAAAUGAAACAUAAACUUUGUGA